AUGCUGGCUAGCUGCGAGCCAUCGGAGCCAGUCCCCGUCCUACCAUCACAUCCACGUCCAUCCCCCUCACAACGCACCCAUUCCCCCAAAAUGUCCAAAAGACCCGCAGAAGAAGACCCACAAGACGCGUCCACAUCGCGCAGGCAAAAACGGGACUCACCCGAUCAAAGCCCUCCACUCACCCUCAAAGCCCUCAUUUCAAACCGUGAAGCAGCCAGUCUUAUUGGGAAGGAAGGAGGUACCAUUGCAGCCAUUCGAACAAGCACAACAGCGCGUGUAUCGGUGUCUGAACACGUCAAGGGGACUAUUGAGCGCGUUGUAUCAGUAUCGGGAACGCCUGGCGUCAUUGCGGAUGCCUAUCCACAAGCGACAUCCAUCAAGGACGAAGUCAAUCCUGUUGAUCAAACUGUCAAGCCAUUCACGCUACGGCUUGUUAUCCCACAUGCGCAUCUUGGUGCCAUUAUUGGGAAGCAAGGUGCACGGAUUCGUGAAAUCAUGUCUGCGACGGGCGCACACAUCCAAGCAUCUGAAUUCAACCUGCCGCUCUCCUCUGAACGGUGCGUGGUGGUGCGUGGUCCAGCAGAAGCUAUUCGUCUUGCGAUUCAACAAAUCACAGAGACGAUGCAGGUGGGUCUUGCUUCUUCUCAUGUUGCCAUGACGGUAGCGUAUCAACCAGUCACGCUCGGUGGGAUCUAUGGACAUCCAGAGUCUUUUCGACGGAUCGAGCCAAACGAUACCAUGAUGACGCCCAGUAAUCCUUAUGGAAUUCCACCAAGUACCUUUGCUGCACCACCGCAAGCAGACGCACAAGCAGGCACGGCGUCAGCGACAGCAACGAGCAAAGGUGUUUCCAAGUCAAAGGAAAAAGUAACACAGCAGAUCUACAUCCCCAAUGACAUGGUGGGUGCCAUUAUUGGCAAGCAAGGGUCUAAGAUCAAUGAGAUCCGCAACUUGUCAGGAUCACAUGUCAAGGUCAAUGAACCAGACCCUGCGCGUGUCACAGAACGGUUGAUUACGAUUGAAGGAACAGCAGAGCAGAAUCAGCUGGCGCUGUACAUGCUGUAUCAGCGUCUCGAGAGUGAAAAGAGACGAGGAUGA